AUGGAGCUGCUGUGCGCGGAGCGCGUGAGCCCUGCUAGCGAGGGCGCGGGCGCAGCUAGGGCGGUGCCGCAGGUCGCUGCGCACGACCCGGUACUGCUGCGGCGGCGCGUGCUGGACAACCUGCUGCGCACCGAGGAGCGCUACGCCGUCACCGCCAACUACUUCGGCACCGUGCAGACCGACAUCACCCCCAACAUGCGCCGCCUCGUCGCCGAGUGGAUGCUAGAGGUAUGCGAAGACCAAGGUUGCCAGGAGGAAGUGUUCCCAUUGGCGGUGUCGUACUUGGAUAGGUUUUUGAGCGUGUGUGCGGUGCGCAAAAGUCAAGUGCAACUGCUGGGCACCACAUGUUUGCUGCUGGCAUCAAAGCUGCGGGAGCCGAGUUCAAGAUGCCUACCCGCUGAACUACUCAUCUUCUACACAGCCAACAGUAUCACCUUGGCCGACCUCUGCAGCUGGGAGUUGCUGGUGCUAUCAAAGCUAAAGUGGGAUGUGGCUGGCGUGACAGCGCACGAUUUCCUACCGCUCCUUCUGUCGCGGCUACCGCUGCGGGGUCUCGUCAACACUGAGAUGGUGCAACGCCACGCGCAAACCUUCAUCGCACUCGCAGCCAGAGAUUACCACUUCACGUUGUACUCUGCGAGCUCGCUAGCUGCUUGCAGUAUCGCGGCAGCACUGCGGGGUCUAAGCUUAGACGGCCACUUGGUUCUCUUGCAAGAAUUGACACGGAUUGAUUUGGACUGUCUCCAGACAUGCUUGGAACAAAUCGAAGCGAUGGUCGACAACAUGAUAGAGGAGAGGUCCAUCUCAAUCCCAAACGGCCAGAGCAGGGAGGCAGCGGGUUGGACCCCCCCUCCCAGCCAGGACAAGGCGCACAGUAACGCCGCUACGCCCACCGACGUCAGAGACGUGCACUUCUGA